CGUUUGCGACUUGCGAUACCGUAACCACUUCCAACCAGUCAAUGUUAAAACUGCAUGCGUUACCAACGUUCACGUAAAAAGGUUCCUUUUCGUUUGUGCUCCUAAUAUACACGUGCAAAAGCAUAUGUAUUAAAAAAUGAAGCUAAACGUGUCUUUCCCGGCAACGGGUUGCCAAAAGCUGUUUGAAGUUGUUGACGAGCAUAAGCUGCGUAUGUUUUAUGAGAAACGUAUGGGCGCAGAGCUUGAAGCCGACCCACUAGGCGAUGAAUGGAAGGGCUACGUUCUUAAAAUUGCAGGGGGUAAUGACAAGCAAGGCUUUCCGAUGAAGCAAGGUGUCCUCACAAAUGGACGUGUUCGUUUGUUACUAUCUAAAGGACACUCGUGCUACAGACCACGUCGUACAGGUGAAAGAAAACGAAAAUCAGUACGAGGAUGUAUCGUGGACGCUAAUCUGAGUGUAUUGGCCUUAGUUGUCGUUCGAAAAGGCGAACAGGAAAUUCCCGGACUUACCGAUACCACUGUCCCACGCAGAUUGGGUCCUAAGAGGGCUUCUCGCAUUCGCAAGCUGUUCAACUUGACCAAGGAGGACGAUGUACGUCAGUACGUAGUGAAACGACCCCUGCCUCAGAAGGAUGGCAAGAAACCACGAUUCAAGGCACCCAAAAUUCAGCGAUUGAUUACUCCAGCUGUAUUACAGAGAAAACGUCAUCGUUUAGCUCUCAAGAAGAAGCGCUGCUUGAAACGCAAGGAACAAGCUGAUGUUUAUGCCAAGAAGAUGGCCCAACUUAGGAAGGAAACCAAGGCUAAGAGAUUGGAAGCCAAGCGACGUAGGUCUGCCAGUUUAAGAGAAAGCAAGUCGAGUACGCAAAGUGCCCAGAGUGCUCAAAAGUAGGCCUAAGUCCAAUGUUUUUAAUGAUUUGUAUUAAGGUAGUUCAAUAAAGCUUGUAUUACCUUU